CCGGUUCUGGUUCUGGUUCCGGUCGAUGCCGCAGUCUCCAGGAUUCGGAGCGGCUCUGGACCCCAGCAUGCGCGGAUCGGAGGACGGCUGUAGAACGCUCCCCAGUCGCCUUUCCUAACUUCUGGUUAACAGCCAUUUAAAGACACAAACAUGGGCGAUGAAGGGAGCCUGCCCCAGCAGUUGGAGAGUGUGGAGCGGAGCCUGGUGUUCCUCAGGCGCGAGCAGCUCACCCUGCUCCACGGCCUCCACCUGGAGAUCCUCUCCCUGCAGAAGAGAUGCACAGAGCUGACAGGUGAGCUGAAGGUAAAGCCUCCAGGGAGGAGCCAAAUAGAGCUCCAGGAGGAGGAGCAGAUCCUGGAGGCCCGCUGCCGGAGGCUGGAGAGCCGGCUGGCCGAGCGGGAGUGCACCUUGGGCGACCUCCGGAAGGAGCUGGGCCACAAGGGGACUCUGGUGGGGGCCCUGCGCGGCAACCUGAAGGAAAAGGAGCGGCACUUCCUGGAGGAGCUGAAGCGCCGCAGCCACUGCUCCACGCUGCUCAACGCCGAGCUGCACCAGCAGACGGAGGCGGCCGCCUGCCUGUCCUUCCAGCUGCACGCCGCCCGCCAGAGGCUGCAGCAGCAGCAGCGCGUCCAGCAGCGGCAGGGGCUCCUGGCCAGGGCCGGCGGCCGGCACGGGGCCGAGCAGGACGCCAACGCCGCCGCGGGCGCCGCCUCCCCGCCGCCGUCGGGCGCCCCCUCGCCGGCGGUCAAGCCCAAGCGCAAGGGCGUCCGGGCGUCCACCAGGGCCGAGCGCUCCCGCGAGUGCGUGCCCACGGAGAGGGUGACCGGCCCCGCCGAGCCCACCGCCAUGCCGGACCCGGCGCUCUUCCUCCACCCCCGCAGGCACAGGGCGCGCCCCCGCCACGCGGCGGCGCACAGACCGCCCCCCGUGGGCCCGGAGCGGGAGGACGGGGACCCGGGGCGGGGAGAGGGGCCCGCCGGGCCGCAGGACGAAGCUGCCAGGCUGAUGGUGGCGCCCCCUGCUGCUCAGACCAAGGCAGACUAG